GUCACAUGACCGACACACCAGAGUAGCGGCCACUACUAGUUAGUUUGGUUAAAACCUCUGAGUGGGCGAGGUUGUGUUAAAGCCUUAAAGUUGGCAUUUGGACACGUGCUUUUGAUUAAAAAUGAGCAUCCCAGUGGUGGACUUUGGUGCCUACAGACUGGAUGAGAAGGGUACUACCGAAGAACAUCUGCACGAGCUGGGCAAAGCACUGAAAGCAGCCUUUACAGAAGUUGGUUUCGUUUUCCUGAAGAACUCUGGGAUUACUCAGGAGGAGGUGGACCGUGUUAUGGACAUAUCGAAGAAAUUCUUCCUGCAGCCAGAAGAACUGAAACGGCCCUUCUGCAGGAGCAGCUUCACCAACAGCCCUAACCACGGCUGGGUGUCACUGGAGACUGAGCGGUUGAAUCCACUUCGACCUGGGGACCUGAAGGAGGCAUUCAACACUGCGUCUCUUGAUCCUGACAUAGUAACGAACACGUUUGAAUAUAAAUGGCCAUCAUCGGGUGAUGUGGCAGGUUUCCAGGAGAUCCAGACGUCGUUCUUCCUGCGCUGCAGAGAGCUGAGUCUUCGGGUGCUGAGGGUGAUGGCCCUCGGUCUGGGUCUGGACCCAGAGGUGUUCUUGAGUGCUCACCGUUUAAUAGGAACCGAUGAGAACGGCACAACUCUGCGGUCUCUCUACUACCCACUAGUGAACAGUGAGAAGGCAAAGGAAGGCCAGCUGCGCUGUGGAGAGCAUUCAGACUACGGCAGCAUCACUCUGUUGUUCCAGAGCUCUGAAGGUCUGCAGGUCCGUACACGCUCAGGCGAAUUCAUCUGUGCCCCCGUUAUCCCCGGUGCCGUCCUCAUCAACAUUGCUGACCUGAUGCAGCGCUGGACUGGUGAUUACUUGGUCUCUGUGCUCCACAGGGUUUUGCUGCCCCCUGUUGGAGACUCCAGCACACGUCAGUCUCUGGCUUUCUUCGUCCAGCCAGAUGAUGCGGCUCUGAUCACCUGCUAUGACGGCUCAAACAAAUACCCUCCUGUGACAGCAGGCGCAUACCUGACGGAGCGCUUCAACGACUCCUACGGAAGAACCUGAAUCCACUCCCAUCAGCUUGUUCGCCACCAGACCUAUCCGCCCUGAUUAGCUCACUAUACUUUUCAGGGUUUUUAAUCAUGCUUUUGUCACUUAAGGUCACACGUGCUUUUAAAUGUUCAAAGGUGAUUUGAAUAUGUGUUUUCAUGAUAAUAAAUGAGCCAAUGUGUAUGAUUAUUAUUAUUUUUUGUAAAUGACACAAACUUGCAAGUUCAUUCACUUUACUGUCAACAUUCAGACCUUGAACAACAUUUCGGUGCCUACAUUACACAGGACAUUGGUUGGAUACUGUUUGUUUUAAAGGGACAUGAACGAAAUUAGACUGGCAGGCAGGUACAUCGGGAUCCAGAGUUGUUUUUGUAAGAGGCAUAAAAAUAAUUGAUGAAUCAACCAAUAAAUGAAUGAAAAUCAAUAAAUAAAUGGACAGUACUUUAAAUUAAAAGAUGGAUCACAUAGACACACAAAGCAUACACAAACACAAAUCACUUUAAAAUUCACACAGCUCUCACUCUAACACCAGCAAAAUUAAAAAUAAAAAUACUAAGAGAUUUAAAUAUGUGUAACUUCAUGUGAUAAUUCCAUCCUGCAAUCCUCUGACAUAGCUUAUACUGAAGGAAAAUGCAUUUUAUGGGAUUAUAAAACUUCUUAAUGUAAAUGUGAUUGCAUCACUUCUGAAGCUACUCUUCUGACAUUAUUUUUUUCUGUCUCUCUUAAUCAUAAAAAUAAAUACAUUUUCAGAGUA